AUGGCCGAGCAAGCGCCAGCUCCCGAAAGCACUCCUGCUAGUUCUGCACCGGCGGAGGCUGGAGCUGCUCCAGAAGGAAGUGCUGCACCUCCUGCUCCUGCUUCACAACCAGCUUCAACAGAUGCUGGUCCGAGUAAGGACAAGUAGUGAGUUUUUGAUGUUAUUGUUGUUGUUUUAGGUAAUUCUUCUUAAAUCCGUUAUUAGAACAUGGUGUUCGUCUGUUUUGAUUACUGAAAAAACUUGGUAAAAUACUUUGUUUUAUCAGUUCUGUAUCUUAUGGUUAAUUUUUUGUUUCUAAAUUCUUUUUCCCUUUGAUAAUUGCAAAUAGACGCAAUGUUAACCAUAGAAAACAUAACAUUUCAGCCGUGUUCCAAGCCGAGGUUCUCAUACUUCGCGUGGACGUUCCUCCACUGCUCGUCGUCGUCCGAAGCGAGUCAAGGAGCCGUUGAUGUACAACGAAUGGAAUGACAUUGACAAGGACAAAUGGAAGGAUGUUACCGUCGAAUUGCGUAGAUGGAAGGCCACUCAACGCCAAUGUCAAUACAUUCGGCAGAGAGCGGGACAGUGGGCUCAGCUGAGGGUAGGUUAAAUAUUGAGUACUAGCAUGCUAGCAGUGACAUUGUAUUACUAACUUUCUUAUAAAAAUGAUUUUUUUUCAGCACAAGUUCAAGUCGUCGCCCUUGUACAACAUGGAGCUGAAAGUGUUCCGCCAGACCCACGAUGUCAAGUUUCCGACCGACAGAGAAUCGUACGAUCUGCCUCCAUUGAACUGA